CCCCACGCGCUACCGCCAAAAAUGAAAGAAGAAAACCCCCCAAAAAAAAAAAGGGUAAAAAAACUGAAAAAUUCUUUUUCCCGGUUGGUGGUUGAGUUCAAGGAAACGAAGAAGGCGUCGCCGGAAAAGUAACGACGGAAUAAGAAUCCUAUCGGACGACCGCCGGGCUCCUUCCACUCCUCCUGCGUCUUCUCAACGUCAAAAGGGAAAAGGGUAUAAGAUCAGCUCCGCCUUGAGAGGAUUGCCAGUUUGAAUCAAAUGGAGCAGCUGGUCAACUUCAUUAUUCGGCCUCCCAGAGCAGAAUACAAUCCCAAAUAUGAUCUGUUAGAUCAAGAGUUCAUGCUGAAGGGCAGGUUGUAUCAAAGGAAGGACGUGGAGGUUAAAAACAGUAGAGGAGAUGUCCUCCAGUGCAGUCAUUACAUGCCCGCUGUAUGUCCUGAGGGAAAGCCUUUGCCAUGUGUAAUAUAUUGCCACGGAAAUAGUGGUUGCAGAGUCGAUGCCAGUGAAACUGCAAUUGUCUUGCUUCCUUCAAACAUUACUGUUUUUGCCGUUGAUUUUUCUGGAUCUGGACUUUCUGAAGGAGAAUAUGUCAGUUUAGGGUGGUUUGAGAAGGAUGACUUAAAGGCCGCGGUUGAAUAUUUGCGGGCUGACGGUAACGUUUCUCUCAUUGGCUUGUGGGGCCGUUCAAUGGGUGCUGUCACAAGCUUAAUGUAUGGAGCUGAGGAUCCUUCAAUCGCAGGAAUGGUUCUAGACAGUCCUUUCUCCGAUUUGAUGGAGUUAAUGAUGGAAUUAGCGGACACACAAUCAUUUCGCUUGCCUAAAUUCACUGUUAAGCUUGCAAUUCAAUACAUGCGCCGGGCAAUACAGAAAAAGGCAAAGUUUGAUAUUGCGGAGCUCAACACCAUCAAGGUUGCCAAGUCCUGCUUUGUACCAGCACUAUUUGGCCAUGCAACUGAUGAUGAUUUCAUACGUCCUCAUCACUCGGAUCGUAUAUUCGAAGCUUACAUGGGAGAUAAGAACAUCAUCAAAUUCGAGGGAGACCACAAUUCUCCACGUCCACAGUUCUACUUUGAUUCAAUUAACAUAUUCUUCCACAACGUUCUGCAGCCUCCAGAUGAUGAGGGGGCAGGACCCAUUGGAGGCAAUCCUCAGGACGAUUACUUUGGUAAGAUAGGUUGGAGCAAUUUGCAGGAAGUAGGUUAUACUCAUGCACCAUCAACUGUAGCUGCAGCCACCAGUAGCAUGAGGAAUAUCCCUGGGCAACCAAGUUUUAGACAAUCUUCCAGUGGAACAGAGGACAAGGAAGUUGAGGGUGAGAAUCCUCAUGCAUCUUCCUCUGGAAUGAUCGAGUUUGAGCCGUCCGGUGGUCAGUCUUAUGACCCUCAUGACACGACUUCAGCUUGCAAUGACCAAUAUCUGGAGUAUCAACUUGAUGACUUGACAGGUUUCCCGUGCAGUGCCGAGGAGGAAGAAAAGAUGAUUAUGGCAGCUGUUCUCGAGUCACUGAAGGACAUGGAAAUGAGACAUCCAAGCGAUAAUGAACCAAUUCCCGAUACCAUCGGCAACUGUAGUGAAUCAUCACAGAAAGAAGACAUAGACACUUCCUCCACUUCAGAGCAUGCUGAAGAUUCAAUCGUAGAACCCGCUUCCACUUUGAUAGGAACCUCCCACAAUCUCACCACUGAGACAAAUAACCCAUCUCCUGACACAAGUUCAUCAUCCAAUGGACCUUCUUCAGGCCCUCCUCCUCCUCCUGUGCUGGAAGCAGGAAGCAAAGAGGCUUCUGAUGUUUCAGGAGACACAAAGGCUUCAUCGACAGAAGAAAAGGAUCCCGUGGGCAAUGGCGUGGAUGGGUUGAUCCGCCGUUGGGAUUUCAAUUUAUUCAAGAACAGUCGGUGAAAAUAGGAGAUAUGAAAGUGCAAAUGUAGUACGGUUCAGCAGUCAAUUCGGGACAAACAUUUUUCAUCUGUGUUAUGUAACUAGUGUCAUUGUUGUAGGCGUGUAAAAUGAUUCAAAUAAAUAGAAGCAGUGACUGUAACAUUCCAGAAUCAAAAGUAAUGGCAGUGUUGUGGAUCGAUAAUUUCAA